AUGAGUGGUGAAUUGACCAUCACUACAAGAGUUGAGGGCGAGAGUAUUGCCACUGCCAUCAGGAUAUCUCAGAAUGGCGAUCCAGUUCAGGAUCGUGCCACUCAUCCACCCGGAACCACAGUUCGUAUUGCCAAUUUCCUGAAGAACCAACCAGUUCGCAAGCAAGUCGCCCUCAAGGCCGCACCCAAAACCUUGACAAAGACCAAACAUUUGUUGCAAUCGUAUGCUUUUGCCAGACCAGCCACUAGGUUGUCAUUAAAGGUCAUGAAGGCCAAGAAUGACAAGGACAACUGGACCUAUGCACCCAAGAUCGGCAACGGAAUCGAAGACACAGCUUUCAAAGUCGUAGGAAAGCCCUGCGCUUCUCAGUGCACUUGGGCUGAGCUGGAGUAUGAAGGCUUCACCAUACAAGCAUUUCUUCCUCGCUCUGAUGCACAUGCCUUGAAGAUCAGUGGCUUGGGACAGUACGUCUCGGUUAACGACCGACCUCUCACUUCGUCCCGAGGCAUAUCUAGACAGCUUGUCCGCAUCUACAAGGAAAGCCUCAAGGAAUCGUCAUCGCUAGGAGAUGCCAAAGACCCUUUUCUGUAUCUGUCGCUCUCUUGUCCGCCUGGCAGCUACGACGCCAACAUCGAGCCAGCAAAAGAUGAUGUUCUGUUUGGUGACGUCGAUAAAGUUGUGGAGGCUGUCAGAAGAUUGAUGUUGAUAAUAUAUCCAGAGAAGGAUGACCCAGGAGAACCCACGGCUACUGAUGAGCCUACUGGCAAAAGCCGCGAAUUGUUUGCGACGCCAGCACCUGGAGCAAGGCCAAGCAGAAUCGAGCCAAAGAGCAACAUGUAUGAUCUUGAUGAGGACGAUCUCACUCUAUUCAUGGACUCGGUAGAUCAGCCCAGGAACGAUGCCGCCGAGGAAGAAGAGCAACCAGAAUCGAUCAGAAGUGCUGCAGUGUCAAACCCUUGGGUGGUUGCUAAGAUGAAUGCCUACAGCAACAAGAGGAACAACGUCAAUAUACAGCUCUUGACUCCGGCCAAACAAGCGUCAAGUUCAACCCCUGAAGCAAGUCCACCUGCUUUUGAAACACAUUGUCCACAGCAAGACGCACCAGCAUUGCCGACACCUCGACAAUCGUCACCCAUGUUCGCUGCAUCAGAAGAACCUGAGGGUGUUGGUCCUCGUCGGAUGAUAGGCCCGCCUAAUCUUCCUCCUCCAGUACACCACAUGUCGCCAAUGCGAAACAGCGUUGAAGCUCUCGAAUCUUCUCCAGCGCCCAAUCGUAUGACUUUACCUCCUCAACAAACCUCAGAAGGCACCCCGCUGGACAUGAUACCGGAAGCGGCACCAAGAAGACGAAGUCCUCCGAAACAACAGCAACGACAGUUUGUGAAUAAGCCCUUCGUGUCACCAGUUGACCCUGAACGCGAUGCUUGGUUUCACUUUCCCGACUCGCAAACGUCGAGGCAGUUUGCACGCAAAGGACGAUCCCACAAGCAAAGUGGAGCGGGUUUGGUCCCAAGUGGGGAACCAUAUUCUUCAAGUGCUACGCCUCCUCCCAACAACACAGACAUUCGCGACUUUCUCGGACGAGGACAGCAGUCCACUACUCCAGCAGCUGAUGUUCCAGCAAACAUAGACAUCGAAAACAUAUCACCGAUUGAGGCACGCCGCGAGACGCAGCCUAAGGGGUUCGUCAAGGCUAGUGAACUUGAUCUCGCCAGCACUCAAUCUAUGGAGCCGACACUUCCAGCCCCAGCACCAAAACCAAAACGCCGCAGAACGGCAGACGACCGUGCACUGAAGGAAGCUUCUGGGAACAGCAGAGCGAGUGAAGAUGAAAGUGGUUCCGAAUACGAAGAUCGUCCUCGUCGCCUUCGUACUGGAGAAGUAGAACCAAAACGAGUAAGACGUAUCAAGUCGUCUACAUUGCAACUCGAAAAAGUGCCACCAGAAGCGCAGACUCAAGGAUGGACCGCUCGUCUGUCAACAACGGUUGACGACUUGGACGAGAAGUUGCAACAUGUUGAGCCAGAAGGUACAUUUGUGGCGUGGAAUGCACCUGCCUUUGACACAGAAGCGGACUUGAAAAGAAACUUUAUAGAAGGCGAUGUGCAGUGCUGGACUUCCUUGCUCAGUCAGUCUUUACUCAAGCUUGAGCCUGAAGGUGAGUUGGUUCGCGAUCUUGGUGAUGUGGUCAGAAAUGCGAUGAGUAGAUGGGGAUCCAUUGCUGCUGUCUGA